AUGGCAUUAGUUGCGGAAUCCCGCGCAGGCAUUCGGGUGUGUGCAAGAUUUCGUCCGCAGAACAAGCUGGAACAGAAGCAUGAGGCUGUAAAUUGCGUGCGUCUGGAAGAUGGAACUGCUGCCCAUGUGCACAGUGAAUCUCGUGGCGCAUCGGAUGAUCACACGUUUACCUUUGAUCAAGUGUUUGGUGUGACAUCAGCACAGCUAGACGUGUACAAAGCGACAGCCAAACCGUUGGUGGAAUCUGCAUUACGUGGUUACAAUUGUACAUGCUUUGUGUACGGUCAGACAGGAUCGGGUAAGACAUUUUCCAUGGAGGGUGUACCUGGUGAUAAGGACUAUGAGGGCAUAAUCCCACGUGUCAUGGCUGACAUCUUUGACGGUAUUCAGAACAUGCAGGCUGACCUCGAGUUUAUUGUGCGAGUCUCAUACGUCGAAAUUUACAUGGAAAAAAUUCGCGACCUGCUCAAGCCAUCAUCGGCAAACCUGAAUGUGCGCGAGAGUCGAGAGCGUGGCGUGUGGAUUGCGGGAGCCACGGAGAUAUGUUGCGCGUCUGUCGAGGAAAUGCAGGCGGUCAUGCGAUUGGGAGGAUCAAAUCGAGUGGUAUCUUCGACAAGAAUGAAUUGCGAAUCCAGUCGGAGUCAUUCCGUGUUCAUCAUCACUAUCGAGCAGAGAAACACUGCGACGGGUUCUAUGCGGAGCGGAAAAUUGUUUCUUGUUGACUUGGCUGGCUCUGAGAAAGUGGGAAAGACCCGGGCACAAGGGCAUACACUCAAGGAAGCGCAACACAUAAAUAAGUCACUUAGCGCAUUAGGAAGUGUUAUGAACGCAUUAACGAGUGGGAAUACCAAUGCGCACAUUCCUUAUCGAGAUUCGAAGUUGACUCGGCUGUUGCAAGACUCUCUUGGGGGUAAUUCCGAAACCACUCUUCUAGUUUGCGCCAGCUGUAGCAGCUAUAACUGUGAGGAAACAAUCUCCACGCUCCGAUUUGGUACUCGGGCGAAAAAUAUAAAGAACAAGCCGAAGAUUAAUCAAGAACGAACUGUGGCAGAGUAUAAAAUACUUGUUGCUGAAAAAGACAAGCGUAUUGCUACACUAGAGGCUCUUCUCUGCGAGGCCAAUGCCAGUGAUGCUGAUCAGCUCGUCGAAUCAUCAGCACAAAAACAGCUGGAGUUAUUUAUCGAAAGAGUCGAAGAACUUGAAGACAAUCAAGCGUCAAAAUCAGCAGAGAUUUCUAGUUUGGAAGAUCGAUGUAUCGAAUUAGAAGCUAGAUACAAGGAUCUCGAAGAAAAGGAACGGGAGACCUCGUUGAUCGCUAGCCGUAGCGAAGAAGUCAUUGAGAAGUUGGCCUUUUCACAAUCUGAGCUCGAGGCAAAGGCAAAGGAAUGUGAAGAGCUGCAUCGAUUGUUAAAGAGUCGAAGACGAGCUAGUACUGGCAUAAAUGAAAAGGCGGCCAUAUUCACAGAGACUGUAGCAGAUAGCGAGGUCUUCGAACAGAAAGAAGCUGUCAAUUACAUUGAUGGAAAGCUAGACGAUCGUAUGCUGGUUGACGAUGUUCUAGCUUCGAUGGCUGUAGUAGCAGAUCAAUCAAGCGCAAACUUGUUAGUAUCCGAGAACGAGUUUCUCCGCCAACACCUCACUUUGAAAUCCAAGGAGCUGGAGGCUUGCACAUUGCGUGUUGAUGAACUGACGAAGACAUUGUCGAGCUGUCGUACUGAAUACAAUUUAAAGAUAGCGAAACUGCAAGAAAAAUUAAGCGAUUUCGAUGCUCACAUUCGAGCACCUCAACCGGAUUCGCUAGUCUCAAAAGCAAAGAUGUUGCGUUCGGUUCGUGGUGGAAGUCAGCCAACUCCGAUAUCUAGUCGGCAAAAUGAGAGGCUUAGCACGAAGGAUCAAGGCAAGACCGGGCCACGUAAGUUGCUUGAUGAUUGGAAGCUGGAUGACGAAAUCUUUCCUGUUGCUCCGAUCGACAUGGAGUCCGAGGUCGUCAAGCGAUUGAUUCGAAAUAUGCCCGAACUAAGCCGUAAAAAGAUAACAAAGUGGUUGAGCUUUGUGCUUGAGGGCCGUGACAUUCGCUCAAACUUUCACCCGGAAAUCUUAAUAAAUGGAAUUAGCGAGGAGACGAAUCAGGAUAUGAGACGAUUGAUCGUACCUUUGCUGAAAAAUCGAUAUGACCUUAAAGUUCAGUCAUAUAUCCGGACUCGGUACGUUCGGGUCUCGGACUUGAAAAUCACUCUUGAUCACAAGCACCAAAAUGUAGUGCGCCUUGAAGCCACGGAUAGUGACUCAGAUGGUAACACGGAGGAUAAUACUGCAACGCACAAAUCAUCUCUGUUGUGGGCCAAAGGCCAUCUUUUCUACGGACCGAAGAGUGAUGCCUCUAGCCCUUCAGUGCUUCAUGCCAGCAGAGUGCUGCUCCCCAGCAAAGAUCGGUUUAUGUCUGAGCCUGUUGAUCUUGGAGUUAGCGUCACCGAAUCGAAAUCAAUGAUGGAGGCGCCUCGGAGCAUGCCAACACUUAAUCGGAACCCCUCGCUUCCGUUUGACUCUUAUAAUACUAUGGGAUCGAGCCCGAGCUCUGGUGGGGUGUUUAGCCGAUUGCGCUCAAAAGCUGGAGUAGCUACAGUGCUUGAUGGAGUCAAGACACGACUCAAUGCCCGAUAUCACAAGAAUCACGUGCAUGAAAAUGCUUUUUGUGAUGGAUGCGGUAUGAGCCCAAUUGUUGGCGGAAAGUGGAAAUGUAAUACUUGUGAUAAUUUUGAACUCUGUGACGGCUGCUACGCAGCUGGUAUUCAUGGCUUUGAGGUCAGCAACGAGUUGUGUCGCCGCGUGGAGCAACUGGCUGUACAAAAGCAUAAUCUUUUAGGCGAAUAUCCAGAGCUCCUUGAACUUGUCCGUUGUCAUAUCUGCCACGACAAUGUCAUUCAGUUUCGGCGCGUUGUGGAAUGGCUUUGUGCAAUUGUUUCAGGGACACGCACGCAGCAAAUCCAUCACAAGAUGAUUGUAAAGAACGGGCUUCACCCCGAUAUUCGAGCACGACUAGUGGCGCAACUCGGCGCAUUGGCUAGCGAACGCGCGGAUAUCUCACUGCAGACAGAGUGGUUUGUAGAGCUCACCCCGGAAGAGGAGGCUGCUGGCUCAGCAACGCUCGAUACGAUGGAAAAUGGGUCCGUAGAGUUGAACGGCGACAAAUUCACGCCAACAUCCUCGAACGUUCGACUCGAGACUUUACGAAUGUAUUUAAUGGAUGCAUCUAGCUUAAAGCCAGAGCCAUCAGCGUCAGCUGCACUCUUAGAUCUACUGGAACCUACGGCCAAAAUGGAUGUUGAAGUUGCGGGAACGCAAUUAUCGCGGCAUUCCACCUCAGAAAUAUCUGCUCACGACCGAAGAAGCCAGUUGGUAGACUUGUCACGGAAGCAGUCGCUCGACUUGCCAAUUUAUGGCUCUCAGCAUGUUAAAUCGGUCACGCAGCUGAACAUGUAG